UUUCUAUUGGUUGCUUUUCACAUUUGAACCAAUCAAUGACCACGAUACUUAAAACGAAUUGUCACACCGGUGUCGAAGUAUAUUUCUGCUGAUGCAAUUCCUACCAAGAGUGAACCGAAAUGAUGCAAAGAGUUUACACACAUUUGCUACGGCAUUCAAGAACACAAAGAUGUCCAUGUCGAUCAGUCACUUCUCAGGUACCUAGGACUUCGCCAUUAAAGAAGCCUUUCUGGAAAGAUGCCAACAAUUAUUUAUUGAUAUGUCCAAUAACAUGUGUAGGUUUAGCAAUCUGGCAAGUGAAAAGAAAAGAAUGGAAAGAAAAUUUGAUAGACACUAUCAAAGAACGAUAUGAAAUGGAUCCAAUACAGUUACCCAAAGAUUUGUCAACAGUAAAAGAUUUUGAUUUGUACCCAGUGAAAGUUAGAGGACAUUUUGAUUAUGCAAAUGAAGUGUAUAUAGGUCCACGUUCAGAUACCCCCGAAAGAAGACACCAAACACUAGGGGGUAAAGUCUCAGGGGUUUAUGUGAUCACACCUUUCAAACUUGCAGACAGGGAUGAAAGCAUAUUGGUUAACAGAGGCUGGAUUGAAAAUGAUUAUUUUGCCCUCGAGGAGAAUAGGAAAAAUGCACAGGUUCAUGGUGAACAAGAAAUUGUAGGAAUCCUCAGAAAAGAUCAAGAUACAUCAUCCUACUUCUGGAAGUUUCUAUUGGAUUUUGAAAAACCAGAGAAGAAAGCUGACUGUGAUGUGUAUUAUGUGAGAAAAAUUGAACAACUGGCACAGAGAUGUGGAACUGCACCAGUUUACAUUGAUUCUAAAACAGGGAGGAAGUCAUUUCAUGAGCCUAAGCCUAUACAAGUUGGUGUUGAAUUAAGGAAUGAGCAUUUAUCUUACAUAUUUACUUGGGCCACUUUAGCUGUUAUCACCUUUUACCUAUGGUACAAGAAAGUAAAUCCUUCAGGAAAAACAACCUCAGUAAAUGCCUUUAUCAAAAGUCAAGAAAGCAGAAGAGUUGGAGGAAAUUGAUGGAUAUAUAGAAAUAUAGAAGAAAAAAAUACCUAAUAUUCCACCAGGAAAAAAAUCAAGAAGUCUGCUGACUAGGUUGAGGUUUAACCUUUAACCUCCUGAAUUUUGUAUAAUGGAUUUGUCCAGCUUUAAAAUAAGAACAGUCCAUUAUAAGUUUAAAGUAUUUCAUUAUCAAAAAACAAUCUUGAGUUUCAAGCAGAAUACAGCUUGGUCAAACAUCAAGGGUAACCAGGCUUACCUGGCUCUAUACUGGCAAAUCACUUCCAGGUCAAGAGUGUUAAAGGUUAAAUAUUUAUACUGGAAUCCUGCUCAGUUGAUGAAAGUUUUGCAAAUAUUUCCAUGUUGUUUUUUUUAAAUAUAUUACGCUAUUAUAUAUAUUAUACUGUGCUCCUCUUAGUUCACAGUACUUUGAAACAUGAAAUAAAAUAACAAAUGUAACUUUUGGUAAAAAAUUGUCAGACGCUGUAACAUAUAGGUAUUUUCUGCUGCAUGGCACAAGGAAACAACAAUAUAUUUAGUCAAAAUCAGUUUUAAUGGGCCAGACGUAGAUCAUAUGUCGGCCAUUUUUAAAACAGAAUGUCAUCAUAUAAAUCGCGGUAAUGGUGUUACACUUCAGUUUUUUCAUGUUUCAGUUAAAAUUUCUAAAUGUUAUUUUGUUUACUUUUCAAUAUUAAACUAUCUUUAUAAUGUAACUCAAAAUUUAUUUUUUCAACAAAGAAGAGCAUUAAGAUACUGAUGAUUGUUUCAGACGUAUGCACAAAUUUAAUGGACUAUUGUUGCUUUGGGCAGAAAUUUGUAAACUGUUGUUAUAUUUUAUGCAAAAAUCUAGAUAUGUAAACAAGUUUGCACAAAAACUUUGUUGUUUAGGUGUAUGAAUAAAAUAUGUCAAUUCUGACUAAUUUUAACACGGGUGACAUGAAAAUAUGCCAUUACCGUGAAAUAAAUGAUGACACGGAAUUGGUGAUGUUUAGUAUAUAUGUUAUUGAUAUAUGUGAAGAAACUGAUAAUUUCAAAACAGUCUUUUUUUGAAAUGUAAAUAAAACAUGUUUUGAAUACACACAGAGAAAAAUAUGUUAAGUUUUAUACUGUAAACAAAACAUGUAAUCACGGUAUGAUUACACAUUGUCAUUAAAAAAACUUUCAGUUUUUAUAAGAAUAGAUCAAAUUGAUUUGAAAUGCAGAUUCCAAAACAUAGUUAUACAUAUUUACAAACGUCUCCGUGGUCGAGGGGUUAGAGUCGAUGACUUUUAAUCCAGUUACCUCUCUGGCGUGGGUUCGAUCCCCGGGAGAUGCCUUGGUAGUUUAGCGCGGAGGAAUGUAGUCUAGUACUGGUGUAACUCUCCAGGAACGAUGGUUAGGAAACUACCCGCCUAUAUGACUGAAAUACUGUUGGGAAAAGGCGUAAACAUGA